AUGCAGCAACAGAGGCAGAUCAGUGGAGGAGGAGAAGGCACGGCGGCCAAUGUGGGCGGCAGGAGUGGUGGCGGUAUGGGAGGAGGAGGAAGUGGCGGCAGCGGGGCCGUGUGCCGGCCGUCCGGGUCGCGGUGGACGCCGACGCCGGAGCAGAUCAAGAUAUUGAAGGAGCUCUACUAUGGCUGCGGCAUCCGGUCGCCCAACUCGGAGCAGAUCCAGCGCAUCACCGCCAUGCUGCGCCAGCACGGCAAGAUCGAGGGCAAGAACGUCUUCUACUGGUUCCAGAACCACAAGGCGCGGGAGCGCCAGAAGAGGCGGCUCACCAACCUCGACGUCAACACCUCCGCCGCCGCCGUUGCCGACGUCAACCACCUCGGCGCCCUCUCGCUGUCGCCUUCAGGUAUGGAUCGCUUUGGUCUUCAUGGCAUGUCGUCUCCCUCCCCUGCCGGCCUGUACAACGGCAAUGGCAGCGCCGCGGCUAUGCAGGUGGACACAAGUGCCGAUUGGAACAACACUGCCAUGGCCACCGAGACGUGCUUCCUCCAGGACUACAUGGGCGUGAGGAGCACGGGUAGUCACCAACGCAGCACCGGCACCGCGUCGCCGGCGCCGUGGGCAUACUUCUCGUCGUCAGAUCAGAGUGCGGCAGCGACGACGGCGCGGGCGCCCGAGACGCUCCCGCUCUUCCCCACGGGCGACGCCAGCCGCCCGCGCCCGCGGCUCGCCGACCCAGACGAAGCCAUCCGCGGCGGCAGCAGCUACUACCUGCCCAACCUCCCGUGCUGGGGUGCGGCCGCUGCUACUGCUGCCACAACUGCCACUACUACUACUACCGUUACAAUCCAGCAACACCAUAUGCUGCAGCAGCUGCAAGAGCAGCACAGCUUUUACGGCAACAGCCAAGAAGCACCACCAGCAGCGGGGGCAUCCCUGGAGCUCACCCUCAACUCCUGGUGCUCCCCUUAUCCCGCAGGGACCAUGUGA